CUGAUGUCUCUUUACGUGAAAAGUUGACAAGAGAGGGUUGGAGUACGCUAGGGUUGUGGAUGCGCAUUGGACGUCGAAGAAGUCUAUCGCGUAUCACUGGCAUCGUUCCUGGAUCGCAUCGUCAGUAUGCGGUCGCGCAUUCCAUGCGGGAACACCUGUUUGCUCUUUCGGCUCCUUCAUCGCUUUUUUCAUCUCAAAUCACGUAGAUAUUUCCGUGUCUAUUGACUCUUCGAAUAUGCAGCAUAUCGAAGAAAGACAAUCGAAAUCGUUGAACCUUUAAAAAAAAAAAGAUUAAAGAACACUGUGUUUAAAAUACUUUAACGUUUAUCAUAGAGAAACGACGGAAAGGGGAAAACGCAAUACACUACUCGAAUCAAAACGUUCGAAUUAACAAAUACCGUUAAAUGAUAAAUUAAACCGGAAGUAAGUCUUUGGGAUUAUCGACCGAGAUCGACAGAGGGAUAGAAUCGUUAAACAUAUAUGCAUAUGUAUAUCAGUGUAUCUGUGUAACCGCGUGGCAGACAAAAAGCAAGAGUAUUGUUAAGGAGGGGAAAAUCGAAAGAAAGAGCGAACAAGACGAAGAGUUUAAGCUACCGAGAGAGGAACGUCCUCGUGACUUCAACCACGUGCCUCUCGUGGUCCUCAUUUAAAUACGCGAUAAAAGAAACAGAAAACCUAUUGUUAAGCGUAUUUGGAAUCUGGGUUCAGGAAUUAGAAAGACGACCCUGGUAGAGUUUAAUCGUAUCUUCGAGACAACGGAGCGCAUCAUAUAUACAAGGUGUUACAAAAGUAAUGGUUAUGGCUUACAAGAGCUAAUUUCCCAUAGUAUGUUCGAUAGAUGUAACUAAGAAGUAGCCAUUAAACUAUGAUAGUCGUUCAAACCUUAACUCGGUUAAUUUAAAUUAGUUUCACGACCGAGGUAGAGCGAGAAACGUCGACGAAACGUGUAGAAUCAUUUGUGUAAGGCAGGACCGUUACUUGUUCGACGCCCUGUACGUACAUAACGUAAGAUUGCAGCUCGUAGAUUAUUUGUAGUCGUUGCCAUUGAGAUGGGUUUUAUACGAGCCCCUUCCCCGCGUACCUUUAUAUCGAGACUGAAUGGACAGAGAGAGCAGUCUCCUCUAUGAGAUAAUACGCCUGGUUGUACCUAAGCCAUUCAGGCCCGAAGUCUUAUCCAUCGAAUCGCGAGAGAUCGUGGCGAGGUGAGGGUGGACACCGUGUUGGCCCCUGCAGUGUCAUGCUCACCAUACAAAACGACUUUUUUUUCAACAAACUGGCCGCCAUCUUGAUGCCUUCCUCCUUACGCCAGCUACUAUCUCCAUCAUGGUCACACAGGCUCUCUCCCCCGCUCGAUUCAUGACUUUUCAGCGGUUACCAGGCUUAUACAGGCUGGAAUUAACAUGUCACCGCGUAAUGGGUCGUGCGCGGCGGAAGUUAGUUCGGUGAGGAGUCUAUCGUCGGACGAUGUCUCGGCUACCAAGGCGAAUAGAAAGAAGUCCUGCUGGGCACGUGCCACGGAUCCGGCACACCGACGUGGACGACGCAUUCAACUGCUACAGAUGCUUGUGUUGCCGUUCAUACCGAUCCUGGCGUUGAUCGUCCAAACGGCCAACACCCUACACGACAUCCUGAUCUAUCGGCAGGAGGUCUCUGACAUUGAGACCCAGGUAACAAUUGCAACAGAUUUGGGAAAGGUGGUGACACGGAUGCAGCUUGAAAGAUCCGAGGUCGCAUUCUUCAUCUAUACCAACGGCAACACUCUAAGGUCGAACUUGACGCAGAGGUUCGCCAUAACCGAUCAAGCUCUUCAUAAUAUGACUACGUGGCCCUUGGUCUCGGUACCGAGGGACGAGAGCAAGACGCAAACUUAUGACGUGGUCAGCAAAGAGGCCUUCCAAGCACGCCUCGAGGAUUUCAGGCAGAAGAUAAGUUCAGAGGAGAGCAGCAUUACCGAAGUGAUGGCAUGGUACACGAGCGUGAACGCGGCUAUGCUGGACCACUUGACUAAUCAGAUCAAAGAAACGGAUAACAGCGGAGUAUGGAGGUAUUUGAUAGCAUUUAAAAAUUUGCUGAGAAGCAUCGAGAGCUUGGGUAUUGCUUCCGUGUACGGAAUCAAUUACUUUGGACGUGGGAUUCUUGUGGGUGACAAUUAUGUCAGCUACGUACGACACGAAGCACUUGGACGUGAUCUCCUCAGCGGAUCUCUCACAUACGUGCCUUCUCUAAAACAUUUUUAUGCGGAACUCACCCGUAGUAUGCCAGACUACGGUAGAAUUAAAUCUAGGCGAGACGAGAUCCUUCGUAAUCAGAAAAGGGAACCGAGGUUGGACGACGCGAUUGCUUAUUUCGAUUCGAUGGCAACUUACGUGGACGAGCUACGUAAACUUCAGAGAGAGUUACGUCAUAUGAUUAGGGAUUACGUGAAUUCAACGCUUCAAGACGCAAGUAACAAAGAGGUUGCUGGAAUAGCUAUAGUCGUCUUAGUAUUGGUCGUCUCUCCUAUUAUUAUAAUAUUAGUCCGCAACGCGGUUGCCACGAUACAAAUGUAUGCUGCUAAUUUGGCACAAAAAGCGAGGGAACUUAAACAAGAAAAAGGAAAGAGCGAUACGCUGCUUUUCCAAAUGUUACCACCAAGUGUUGCUCAACAAUUGAAGCAAACACAACAGGUUCCAGCAGAAUAUUACGAGGCUGUAACUGUGUACUUCAGUGAUAUUGUUGGUUUCACUGAAAUAGCUGCUGAGAACACUCCUCUAGAAGUCGUCACGUUUCUAAACUCAAUUUACAAAUUGUUCGACGCCCGCAUCGAAUGCUACGACGUGUACAAAGUUGAAACUAUCGGUGAUUCUUACAUGGUCGCAUCCGGUUUACCAGUCAGAAAUGGUGACAAACACGUGUCCGAAAUAGCAACGAUGGCACUUGAUCUCCUGGCAGCCUCCUCGGUAUUUCAAGUACCAAAGCGACCGGGUGAACGUCUUCAGAUACGAAGCGGUGCUCACACGGGACCCGUGGUCGCUGGAAUCGUUGGAAGCAAAAUGCCUCGCUAUUGCCUUUUUGGCGACACUGUGAACACAGCUAGUAGGAUGGAAUCAACUGGCGAAGCUCUGCGAAUACACAUCAGCCUGGAGAUGAAAAAGGCUCUUGACGCUGUCGGAGGUUUCAAAAUUGCUCACCGAGGUUUGGUGGAUGUCAAGGGUAAGGGAUUGAUGGAUACCUACUGGUUGGAGUGUAAAGACGGCGGAAUCGCUCGAGCAGCUGAACUAGACUUACCAUCGUUCUUCGAGGAUGUACGACCAGUUUUCAUACGUCGUCUACGAGAAGAGGGUACCAUCUGAUGCGAACCAU